AUGUCCGGCCCUCUCUUCGGCAUCGUCCCCGCCGGCCAGCCUCUCAUCACCGACCCAACCUCAGCGCCAUCCCCCACCUCAUUCCUCUAUGCCCUCCCCACGACAAAGCCCUUCUCCCACAUCGUCGUCUUCCUCCUCCCAAACGUCGUCCUGCCAGACAACUCCGCCGCAGCCAUAUACCUCACCACCGUCCGCGACGUCGCCGCCGCCUCGCAGGCCAACACGACGCCCGAUUUCCGCUUCCUGGGCGGCAUCGGCCCCGGCAAGGAGAGCGCAAUGUUCAAGAUCGGCGCCGACGCCAGCGGUAGCGGCUUCAUGAUUGGCGUCUCAAUCGAGUCUGCCGAUUCGGUCGGCACGCGCCUGCAGGAGCUCGCCGCCAACAAGGCGAAUAGCGGUAGCGGCAGCGGCACAUCAACAUCAGGUGCGACGUCAACAACCACCGCCGUUCUCGCCCAGCGCAUCAUCCAAAACGCCUUCAACUUCCUCGCCAGCUUCAGCGGGACUGCUGGCCCUGGUGGCGUUGAAGUUGUUCCUCUUCGGGCCUUUGAAGACUGGUGGCGCAAAUUUGAGUCUCGAGUCCGUUCAGAUCCCAGCUUCCUCGAGAGGCAGGCCGAUUGA